AUGCUUCACUGGCUGCAAGUCCUGCUAGGAGGUCUCCUCCUGGGCGUCGUCCUGACUGCCACAGAAUCUCCCCUGACCACCGCAACACCAUCCACUCUCAUACCCGCACACAACAACAACAACAACACUACGCCGCUGUUCACCGCCCACCUUACCGAGGAGCCGUGGUUCCCCUACAGAGAGUUGCUGCUGGAGUGUCUGGUGCAGAUGUCAUGGCCUUGUGCGCAGAGGAAGAUGAUUGUCUACCUCGACCAGCUCAACAGAGCCAGGAGUGUCAGCAUUCUCGGUGAACUACUCACCCUAGUCAAGGUGCGUGUAGACAACAUCCCACCCAUCACGGAGGCACAGCUGACUGCUCGCAGGAUAGACCAGGACCAGGACACGUUGUACAAUCUGCUGGAACUGGCUGCUGACAGGUUCGUUGACACUCACGUACUGAGGGUGAACGUGCCCUCACUGGAGGGUGGCGUGCUGAGGGUCACUCCCCUGGACGUCAACUUCGUCACUGCCGACGGUGACACUGAGGGACGAGCUCUGCAUCGCACUGGUAGGGGAAAGAAAGGUGGAGGUAUGAUGGACAAAGGAAUGAUGAUGGACAAGGGAGGUGGCAAGAUGAAAAUGAAGGGAGGAAAAAUGAUGAUGAAAAUGAUGAUGAUGGCAGGAAAGAAAAUGAUGAUGAUGAUGGGGAAGAUGGUGAUGGUUAAGAUGAUGAUGAUGGUGCCCAUUGCAAUGAAAAAAGGGAUGAUUGGAGGAAUGGCGGGCCUCAUGUCCAUGGGUAUGAUGAAGAUGAUGCUGAUACAGAAGGUCAUAUCUUUGAUCAAACAGAAGUUAGCGAGCUGCGGAGGCGGGUUAGGUGGAGGAGGAGGUGGUGGUGGCGGCGGAGACUGCGGUGGUGGCGGCGGAGGCGGAUACGGCGGUGGCGGCGGAGGCGGAUACGGUGGUGGCGGCGGAGGCGGAUAUGGCGGUGGCGGCGGAGGUGGUGGUUGGGAUCGUACCUACAAUACCAACGGCCCCCAAUACUCACAGUUUUCACAAGGAUACUCACAAAACUCCAACCUGCCAUACGUUUAUUAUUACCAGGCACCACAAGAAGAAAACAACGAUGGGUGGAGUUUAUGGAAACGAAGGUAG